GUGGCAUCGAAACAUGGCUCACGAAGGAAAUCACGCCACAGCGGUUCGUAAUAAGUUAACGCAAUCGCAAUAUGCGUCCCAUCGUCUUGCAAUAAGAGAAGGGUUCAGCACUCUUCAUAGAUCCCAGAAACUUUUUUUGGCUUGGAUUGUUGUACAGAAAUUUGCAUUUUAAUUAUUUAAAUGCAAUGAGUAUCGUUCGUGAAUUCGGCAAGCCGGAUUUAUUCAUAAAAUUUACAUGUAACCCUAAUUGGAACGAAAUCAAAUCAAAUAUGGAGUCUGGUGAGCAUAGCAUGAGCAUUGAAUAAUAAUUUGAAUCGACGGUUCAACAAAACGAGGUUGUCUUUUAUCUCAAAAGCGGGACCAAACUCAUCUUAUAAAUUUGUUUAAGUGAAUUUCAAGUAUAUUUACAAAACUUUUCUAGCGUGUCCAGUUUUUGCAAAAAAAAAAAUUUGUAGUUCGAAAAUAGCAAAUUUCAAAUAUUUUUUAAAUAGAAUUUAGACUUAAUUUUUCCUAGGAAAAACCUGCCUAUCAAUGAAUUGCCAAUUCGUCUGAAGGAUUCUAUCUUAUGUCGAUGAGUUGAGCAGAAAUAAAUGAAAAAUUACACACAAAAACUCAGUUCUUCAAUAUUUUUUCACACAUACGAAAAUCUUAGUAUGUAUAUGAACCUACUAGAACUUGAAGGGAGAUCUCCCUAUGU